CAUUUUUCUUAUGUCACUGAAUGUAGAUGCGCAACGAGCUCCGUGGUCGGAGAAACGUUCCUCAUUUAUGAUAGAAACUCUCUGUUAAUCCAGAUACUUUAUGUUUCUAUUCCUCAUAUACUGUAAACAUCUAGCAACUCCUGGUGUUUUCUUUUCUUUUUCUUUUCUUCUCCAGUCCUGACGAGCGAUGGAUCCAUUGGACUUCCUGGAGCCUGAGCAACUGCGGGAGUUUCUCCGCCGUCAUAAAACAGAGCUGUCCUGCAUGGAGAAGCCGCAAACCUUCCUCAACCAGCUGAGGGACCAAAAACUCAUUCCCGAGGACAGGUACAAGAAGGUGUGUCGCAUGAAGAGCAAAGACAACAUAAAACAGGGCCUUUAUGACAUUUUGGACAAGUUGGAGAAGGAGCAGUCUCAGAACAUCCACCUGUUCUGGAGCAGCGUGUUUAAGGAUACAAUCAUGAACCACUACCCGCCUCUGCGACUGCUGCGCAGCAGCCUCAUGGACGGGUCUUUCCAAUUUGACACAAAACUGCCUGAGAAGGUGGAAAAGGAAGAGACAAAUGAAAGGAAAAAGAAGGAAGACGAUAAGGAGGAGGAGCAAGGGAAGUCGGUGAAAAAGAGGAGGAAGCGAACAAAAAGAGUCUGUUAUAGCGACGAUGAUGAUGAUGAUGAUGAUGAUGAGGAGCAGCCUGGUGCAUCAUCUCAGUCAGCUCCAAGUCAAAGGAAGAAGUCAAGAAAAAUAUGCUUCGAGUCUCCUUCAAAGAAGGGAGAGAAGAGUGACAUUUGGACGUGGCUCAUUUAUAAGGAACUGCUACCUGUGACCUGUGGAUCCCAGGAUGGAAUGCUAAGCAGAAACAGACUGGCAAAAGGGGAGAAGUGUAUUUCAUUCCAGAAACAGUGGUUUACACCAACUGAAUUUGAGAGGUUUGCAGGGAAGGGAAGCAAUAAAAACUGGAAAUUGAGCAUUCAGUGUAAUGAGACCCCACUGAGAGAUCUUAUACAGGAAGGGCAUCUAAAACCUGCAAGCUACAAAAGAAGAAAUAAGACGAAACCAAGAUUGGCCAAGAAAUCCCUGUUCCCAUUGACAUCGACAGAAGGAGAACAAGGAGAAGAAGAAAUGGACGAUGGCGAUGAGGAGGACGACCAGGACCAGAGAUCUUCAGAUGUCACAGAUGAGGAUGCAGAGUGUGAGGAGCAGACUGAGCCAGAUGAGUGCCAAGUGUUCAAAGUGACAUGUAGAGAUGUAGCUGCGACCUUACACCGAAAACGCUUUGGCUCAGGGACGCGUGGGAAAUGCAUUCGCACUGAGACGAGCUGGUUGACCCCCUUGGAGUUUGUGAAAGUGGCGGCGUCGUGUCAGACAGACGUCAGCUGGAAAAGAGACAUCAAGUGGAAAGAAGAACCAAUCAAUGUUCUCAUAGAGGCAAAAAUCUUGAGGAUCCACCCACUGCUGUGUGAGUGCAGAUGUUGCAGUACAGAUGAGAUCUCUCUUGAUGAACAGAAAAAUGAUGAUGUGUGUUGGAUCUGCAAAAGGGAAGAAGAGAAGCUGGUCAUGUGUGAUCACUGCCCACGCUCCUUCCACCAGAAGUGUCACCUACCUCCUGUGGACGAUGCAGAUGUGGGGGAUAGCAGUCCAUGGAUGUGCACGUUCUGUGUCGCCACUCAGGCAUGGCGUCUCGGUGAUCAGGUGGAGACGGAGGUCGCUCUGUCUCACCUAGUUUCACCACACUUGAUGGAAUGUCAGUAUCUUCUCCUGAGCUUAUACAGCACUGAUGAGUCACGAAAAAUUGCUUCAAUUUCGAGUAGUGCUAGGGAGGAUUCCUCCUCUGUCAACCAGACUCCGCCAUGGCUGGACAGCAUAGCAGACAACCUACAGGCGGAAAAAUACCAAAGGAUAAAGGAUUUUGUGUCAGAUGUUCAACACAUUUUCACCAACUGUGCCUCAGAACACCAAAAUCAUCCAGAAGUCCCUUCCAUGGUUGCACGACUAAAGGAGAUAUUUAACCAAAGAUUCAAUAGUGUGUUCAACAUUUGUGACAGGAGUGUUGGCUGUUUGCACUAAAAACAAGACCAAGGCAGGCAGUAAAUCCAUCAGAAAUAGGGAAACCUGUCGAGCUUUCUGAAAAGACGACUUUAGGCCCAUACGUCAACAAGUUCUGUUUCAGUAUCGCACUGUUAAACUAUUGUUCCAGAGAACUACGGAUAAUUCCUUAACCUGAGGUUUGGUGCCGUCGUUCGCCUUCCAUCCUUCAGUGAUCACAUAUAAAACUCUGUGUCGCCACAGAGUGAAACAGACAUUUGUUAUUAUUAAAAAGUUACACAUUACAGACUUUUGGCAGAGCAAAAUUGAAUGUUUACAUAUUGAGGACACAGGGAAGUAUUCAGGGAUUUACAGUAUAGCCAGAUUUUUAUUUGCAGUGUCAUAAUAAUUUUCCACUUUUUUUAAUGGUACUUUUUCUAUACAUUACAAUAGAUUUUUCCAACUUCCUGUUGGAUGAUUUUAAUCUCCACACCCGUAGGUGCAUUAUGAACUGCCAUUUUAACUUUCUGUGAUUUUACCACUUGGAAUGAUCGCUCGCUUAAUAUUUGAAUGAUUGUUAAUCUUUACAAGAGUGAGGGAAUUGCUCUGGUUUUUAUUCUCUAAUAUAAAUAUAGUAUAAAUUUUAAGUCAAUAAUUGUCACUAUGCAGUGAAUAAAGGGUUAACUUGU